AUGCCCUCUUUCCCCCUUGACCCUCGCCUCCCUCGUGGAUCUUUGUCCUUUCGCUUGUGGUCCUUUUCAUGCCCCCGAUUGACUGCCCCCCUGGUGGGUGUCUGCCCGACGACGGGAUGUCGCCUCGCACCGCCUCGAACGCCGCGCCGGCCGGCGCAUGGGCCGGGCGCUUGCACGCGGCCACCGGCUUCGACGCCGCCUGGCUCGAGCAGCUCACCCAAGGCCUGAGCUUUAUGCUGGGGUUCGAUGUGGAUGCGGCGGCCGACGCGGCCGAGGCCCGGGCCCUGGCCGCUCGUCGGCACCUUCGCCCGGCUGGCCUGCUGGUCCAUGGUCUGCCUGGCACGGGCAAGUCCUUCCUGGCCGGGCACCUGGCCGCCACGGCGCCCGGGCCGCUGGACGUGCGCAUCGUCCGGCCCGGGGAUCUCUUCCAAAAGUACCAGUCCGACAGUGAGGCCCUGCUGCGUGGGCUCUUCGAGGCGGGCGACCUGGCGCGCCUGGUGGUCCUGGAGGAGCUGGACACGGUGCUGCCGCGCGGGGACCCGGCGGCGGCGACGGCGGCGGCGUCUCCCCUGGCCGAGGAGGACUCGGCCGGGCUGGCGGGCCCCUCGCCGGAGGACCAGCUGGGCCGGCUGCUGCGGGGCCUGCUGGCCGACGCCCGGGGCCCCGGGUGCCGGGUGGCGGUGCUGGGGCUGACCUCGCGCCUGGGCAGCGUGGCGCCGGAUGUCCUGGCGCCGGGGCUGCUGGACCGGCAGCUGGACCUGGGGAUUUGCCAAGUCCGUGCCCCGGCGCGGAGGGCCCUGCUGGAGGGCAUCCUCCGGGACACGCCGGUGGGCCGGUGCUCGGCCGACCGGGGGCGCCUGCUGGACCGGCUGGCCGACGAAACGCAUGGCUAUGUGGCGGCCGAUUUGGCCGGGCUGGCCCGGGCGGCGGUGUGCGCGGCGGCCGGCCGGGCCAUUGCCUCGGCCGAUGGCCAUGCGCCGGGGGCCGGCCCGGCCGACGUGUGCCUCACCUGGGCCGACCUGGAGGAGGCCCUGCGUGGCGGGGCCGGCCCGGCGUCCCUGGCAGCCGCCUCGACGGCUUCCUUGUGUGUGCCCGUGCGCCGGGCCCGGACACUGGGCUUCGACCAGCUGGCCGGGCUCGAGCGCGAGGCGACGCAGCUCCGCAUGGCGGCGGUGUGGCCCUUCGCCGCCGGCGCGGCCGCCGAGCAUGGGGCCGCCGGGCGCUUCCGGCGGCUGUCCGAGCGCCUGGGCGCCCGCCCCGAGGGGGGGAUCCUGCUGCACGGGCCGUCCGGCUGCGGGAAGACGGCCCUGGCCCUGGCGCUGGCGCACGAAACCGCCCUGACGGUGCUGCUGGUGGACGCGGCCCGACUGCGGGACAAGGUGUCCGGCGCCAGCGAGGGCCGGCUGGCGGGGCUCUUUGCCACGGCCCGCGCGGCGGCCCCCUGCGUGCUGGUCUUCGACCAGAUCGAGCUGAUCGCCGGCCGGCGCCGGGCCGAGGAUGCCGACGCGUCCGGCACCGCACACCGCCUGACCACGGCCCUGCUGACCGAGAUGGAUGGUGUUCUGGCCGCCGGGAGCGCGGCCUCCUCUCGGCCCCAAAUCGUGGUUGUCGGCAUCACCGGCGACGCGAGGCAGCUGGACGAGGCGGUCAUUCGGCCCGGGCGUCUGGGCCAUCACAUUUUGGUCCCGGCGCCGGACCGUGCCGCGCGGGCUGCCGUCAUCCGGCUGUGCAUGGCCCGCACGCCGGUCGAGUCGGGCGACGACCUGCUGGUGGAUUCGCUGGCCGCCGCGACCCGGGGCUGGUCCCCGGCGGACCUCAACAACCUCUUCAAUGAAGCGGCCCUGGCGGCCCUGCGCGAGAGCAUCGACACGGCCGCCGUGCCGGUGGCCACGCUGUGGCAGUGCGUGCGCGAGGGGGGCCCCUCGCUGCCGCGCGAUGCCUGGCCGCCGACCUAGGCCGCCUGCAUGGGGGAAUACGAAAGCCACUUGCCGGCUA